CGACUGCUACCGUAGUCGCACGCGCUGCACGCGUCUUGUCCCGCCACACUCGCAUUAUCGAUUCGCCAUUUUGGACGCUGCCUGCCGCCACGGCUGAAAAUAGCGCCGCGACGUCUCUGACCGACGCCACCGACGCCAUCACUUUAGGUCCCUUGUUGUGCGUCGGGUGGCCUUGGCGGAUGCAUCUAGCGCAGUCCCACUGAAAACGAGCACCCAGCUGAUAUACGAGUACUAUAUCCUUGCAUUUCGCGUCAGGCAUGUCAUGUAAGUGCAUAUAAACUAUCGUUACUACUAUUGUUGUUGCUAUGUCGGAAUUGGAACUGCAUUUGUGUUUGUGACGCGAUAGAAGCUGUUCGCUGGGAGCUUCAGAGACAUCUAGUCUACAGAGUGCGGUGCAUCACAACUACGUAACGUUGGCCACUAAGUAGAGUUCAAAAUUUAUAAAUGGAUAGCCGAAAACAAAAUGGACACCCCGGCGUACGCAGAAGACUUAAUUUCGAUGAUGGAGCUCCCGAAUGGGAGAAUAGACUUCAAACAAGAAUUUCUCCCGCGAAAUCCGUAGAGUUGACUCUUGAAAUGAAUGAGGAAAGACUAAAGGCUGAAAGGAAGAGAGCAGCUGAGAAAUGGAAUUUCGAUUUCGAAAACGAAGUACCUCUAGAUGGAGACUGGGAGUGGGAGAAGGUGGAAACACCUUCUACAGAGGCAAGAAACGGUGUUAGGAACGAGACUGAUAGUAAUAGGAAAGCAAGGAAUGCAUAGAGCUGUAUAUUUAUAUUUUAUAUAUUUAUACUGAGAUUUAUACAAAACUAAGCAUACACAUAGGUGUACUUUAUUUACUUUUUUAUAGAGCAUCUAUAUAUAUACACCUAUAUAUUAUAUACAUUUUACCUUGUUUAAAUGAUUUUUAUUAACGAUUGUGCAAUGUGAUUGAUCGAAAAUGGUCAUGAUUGUUGAUAUAUCUCAAGAGUGUCAUAUGACAAUUUUCUAAACAAAAUGAAUUACGAAUAAUUAUAAUGUGAAGAGGUACACCAUCCAAAGCAUGGAAGGCAUAUCGCAACCCUAACUGCGCAUAAACACAAGCGACAAGUUGUCGCGCCGCAAAAUAAACGCCCGUUAAACCUGCAACAACUUGCUGUUCCAGUGUAUCUGUUGUAGUCACCGUUCUUGGCGGUUACGUCAUCAACGCCAUAUGAAAUAAGUAAACAGAUCCAGUCUCCGUACGAUAGGCGGAACACUACACAGAUUAAUCUUCAGCGCAUCUGCUUCUCUCUACAGUACGCAUGAAGUGGGUAACAGGAAACUGCUGUUUUCAUUCUCUUCCUGGAAAUACUCUAAUAACUCUAGCACGAGCUGUCGGCCUUCCUCAUUGAUCGUUUUUCCGGGCAUUGUACAAUUUUAUAUUUAAGAUUGAUAACAGGACAACUCGAAUUGCACGUCGAUGUCAAGUAAGUUGUCACUCUUACAAAUAUUAUUGAAGCGCACUCAAACUUAACGAGUCGGAGACACACAACUAAAAAACGGAUGUCUUUGAGCUUUCCGCACAAACGUUCACACACAUGUAUGUAUAUGUAUGAGAGAGAUUGAGAUGUACAAAGUGAUACUGGUUGUCUUACUUUGACCGGCCAAGAACGGUGAUUUCAACUAUAUCAAAAUUGAUAUAUUUGACAUAAAGCGCUUCAGCGCUGUAGUUCUCUGAAUGUGCCUCUUGUAACAAGUACAAUACAAGCAGGCAUAUACAUAAAUUUAACUAAAUUUCACAAAAAAUCUAAAAUGGACACAUAUAAUAUGGCACGGAAUUUUCAGUACCUAUGGCAACACUGUGCUGUUCACACAUGCCACGUACAACACUUUAAAUCACACGGGCCUCACUAAAAUUGCAGCGCUCGAUCGAACGCGCGUCGAUAGUGUCCUAUUUCAUAUACCGUGCAAACCAUUUAGGGUUGAAGUCGGUAGAAUUUCAAUGUGUACCAGAGAGAAGCAAGAGAAGCUUGCAACACAUAUGUUGGAAAAAGUUAGAAAGAGCGGGUACACAAGUAAUCACCAACUUUACUGCCAACGAUAGCGAAGAAGAUCAUGGAGAACUCUUUCUAACAUACGAGUUGCAUGUUUCUAUCGCUUCUCUCUCUCGUACCUAUUGAAACCCGGCCAACCCCAACCGUAAAUGAUUCGCACGGUACACCAAUUUGAUGCGAGACGCUCGUUUUUCGGCGGUGCGAUAACUUGUUGCCUGUGUGUACGGGCAGUAAAGUAAUUUGAAAAAAUACUCAUAUUGUUCGAGAAGAUAGAAAAAAGAAUAAAACCUUCACUCCUUCAAUCGGAGUGUACAACUUCUACGUUUGUAAAGAUUAUAUCAUUAAUAAAUCGGUUUGCCAGUCGUAGAUGUUUUUUUGUGAAGGUGUUAAAUCUACAAAAUAGUAUAACGGUGAUCCAUUACGAAUGAGAUCUUAUUGAUUUUUUUUUAUUCUUGUAUUCGAAUAUAAUAACAAUUUUAUAUUGUCAUCCUCCUGUCCAGACCUGGUAUGUCCGCAGCGAGACGCGGAAGGAACAUGAACUAUAUGAGAAACUCUAUCAUCAUUACAUUCAAAUAUUAUGAGAUUAAAAAGAAUCAAAUAAUUACUGUAUGAAACUGAGAUAUGGCACGCCGCCCUAUAAUGAAAAAGUAUUUGUUACACCUCAUAAGAAGGCAGACGACCAGAAAAUUAAAAAAAUGUAUACCUACAUGUACUUCGAAGCUUUGAUAUGAAUUCUUCAAGGAUGAGAACCUAUCUUUUUAAAGGUUAAUAAUGUAUAGAAGAGAAUUGAUGUCCACAAUUAUUAAGCUUUGCACCUUUUUUUUGAAAACCAUGUGCAAUUUUUAUAUGUUUCUAUUUAUCUGUAGUUUAUGUAAAAAAACAAGGGGUUCUUAACCCCAAUAGAAUCCAUACGGCUAAAAUACCAAAAAUUCUGUAAAUAGAAUUAGCGUAAAUAAUUUAUUUAUUGUACUAAAGUGGCUUUUGUAGUUUAGCAUCACCUUUUGUACCUACUUAAUAAAGAAAAAUUGAGAA